AUGGCGGAGGGCGGCUCUGGCGACGGGGAGCUGGAGCCGCUGCGGCUGCGGAGGCUGCGGGGAGAGGGCUUCUUCGAGGUGCCGGCGGCCGACCGGCUGGGAAGAUGCCGGAGCGUGAAGGAGUUCGAGAAGCUGAAUCGGAUUGGAGAGGGCACCUAUGGCAUAGUGUACCGGGCCCGGGACACUGUGACAGAUGAGACUGUGGCGUUGAAGAAGGUGCGGAUGGAUAAUGAGAAAGAUGGGAUGCCCAUCAGCAGCCUGCGGGAGAUCACCCUGCUCCUGCAGCUCCGGCACCCCAACAUCGUGGAGCUGAAGGAGGUGGUUGUAGGGAACCAUCUGGAGAGCAUUUUCUUAGUGAUGGGCUACUGUGAGCAGGACCUGGCCAGCCUUCUUGAGAAUAUGCAGACACCUUUUUCAGAGGCUCAGGUGAAAUGCAUCAUCCUACAAGUCCUCAAGGGCCUGCAGUACCUCCAUGAGAACUACAUUAUCCACAGGGAUCUGAAGGUGUCCAACCUGCUCAUGACUGACAAAGGCUGUGUGAAGAUUGCUGAUUUUGGACUGGCACGCACCUAUGGGAUGCCACCAAAGCCAAUGACCCCCAAAGUCGUCACACUCUGGUACCGAGCACCCGAGCUGCUGCUGGGGAUGACAACGCAGACCACCAGCAUCGACAUGUGGGCUGUGGGCUGCAUCCUGGCUGAGCUGCUUGCACACAAGCCACUGCUGCCAGGCACCUCUGAGAUCCACCAGAUCGACCUCAUUGUGCAGCUCCUGGGAACACCCAAUGAGAACAUAUGGCCUGGUUUCUCCAAGCUGCCCCUGGCCAGUCAGUACACACUGCGGAAGCAGCCCUACAACAACCUCAAGCACAAGUUCCCCUGGCUGUCGGAGGCUGGGCUGCGGCUCCUCCACUUCCUCUUCAUGUACGAUCCCAAGAAGAGGGCAACAGCAAAGGACAGCCUGGAGAGCUCCUACUUCAAGGAGAAGCCCUUACCCUGCGAGCCAGAGCUGAUGCCCACCUUCCCGCACCACCGGAACAAGCGGGCGGCCAGUGGCAGCGCAGGGACAGAGAGCCAGGCUAAGUGCAGCAAGCCAUGAGCCCCAUCCUGAGGGAGGCAGCAUGGCACAUGGGAUGGAUUGCCUCAGCCAGGAAGUGCCACAGCUCCAUCCCUUCCUGGGGUAGCUCCUGACUUGGUUCCUCUGGUACUGAGACAAGAGAGGGACACUGCCACCCAGCCCCUCUUACGCAUCUGCCCCAGAACUGGGCAGACUCCAUACUGGGUGAACACAGCCGCACUGGCAGGAGGGAGGAGAAAUGGGGCCCAAGGACCACCAUGGGCUGCUGGCAGGGCCAGCCCUGUACCUUGGAGCCUCCUGGUA